AUGUCUGAUCAACGACGAGGUCGUCGCCCCGACGCCCGCCGCGACUGGGACGCCCCCUCCGACCGGCGCGACGACGACAGCAGGCGCAACAACUACCGAUCGAGGUCGCGCGACCGCCGCGGAGGAGGCGGCGGCGGCGGCCACGAUGAUCGCUCCCGCUCCCCCGACCGACGCAGCAGCUACCACCGUCGCGACAACGACGAGCGAGACGGCGGACGCGGCGGUCGCGGUCGCGGCAGAGGAGGACGAGGCGGCCGUGGCGGCGGCAACGACAGACGAGGAGGAGACCGAGACUACAGCUCGCGACGCCACGACGACCACCAUCGUCGGCGCGACUACGACGAUAAGGACGGCUACGACCACAGAGGAGGCCGUGACCGCCGCCGCCGCUCCCCCUCACGAAGCCGCAGCCCACCGUCCCGCGACGCCGACCACCGCAUGGACCAAGACCCCAAACCUGCCGCUGCUGCCGGCAAGAACAAGAACGCCGCCGCCGCCGCAGCAGUAGCAGCAGUGCCCAUCAUCGGGCAGGAAGGCGGCGACGACGACGAGGACAUGGCCGCCAUGCAGGCCAUGAUGGGCUUUGGCGGCUUCGGCACCACAAAGGACAAGCGCGUCGCGGGCAACAACGUCGGCGCGGUGCGGAAGGAGAAAAAGACCGAGUACAGGCAGUACAUGAACCGCCUGGGCGGCUUCAACAGGGCGCUGAGCCCGACGCGGGACUGA